UCAUAGUUUCUGAAGUAGUACCCAUAAAACUAUAAACCAUUUUCUGUUUAAGCCAUGGACUUAAAUGUUUUCUUGAAGGAAACAGUUUGUCUAAGGCCGUCUGAACAGUCCCAAAGACAAACUAUUGAACUUUCUGGUCUGGACAGGAUAUCCCCUGCAAUUCUCUAUGCUGUCUUCUUUUAUAAAUGUAACUUGAACUCAGAGGCAGAAAAUAGUAUUGAGAGAGCCAAGAGAGCUCUCCAAAAGGUUCUGGUUUCAUGGUAUCCAGCUGCUGGGAGAUUUAGAAUCAGUGAUGCAACGGGGAAGCUGGAGAUUGACUGCAACGAUGAAGGUGUAACCAUGAUCACUGCAGUGUGUGAUUCCAAGCUUGAAGAGCUUGGCAAACUGCAUGAAUACAAACCAUGCUAUGAAAAGCUUGUUCCGCAGCUUUCUGAUGCUGAUGAUAUAUCAAAAAACCCACUUGUUCUUGUGCAGAUAACAAGGUUUGCUUGUGGAGGGCUUUCAGUUGGUGUUGGAGGUAGCCAUGCUUUAUUUGAUGGCAGUGGAGCAUUCACUUUUCUAGCAUCAUGGGCUCAUAUAUCAAGUGGGAAAGAUGAAUCUGACCUUAUUGUUCCCAACCAUUCAAGAGAUGCGAUUUUGCAUGCUAUCUAUUCUCUGCAUUCAACCCCUUCAGCUGCUUCAAUUUAUGAACAAGACCACAUAAUAGCUAUUGAAGAUCUCUAUGGGAUACCAAUGCAGGCCAUGGCAUCCGAUGACAGAUGUUGGGAAACUGCACUAGCAAAAUUCAGCCAAGUUGAUCCUCAAGGGGCACCUGAACUUAUUACAUUGUGCAUCAAUAAGGAAACUGUUGAGACAUUGAAGGCAUUAGCAAUCGAGAGGGGCAAGCUCUUGAAGUGUUCUACGUUCGAUGUUUUAUGUGCACACGUAUGGAAGGCAAGAGUAAAGGCUCUUCUUCUAGAUCCCAACACAAAUAUAUGUUUGCAGUUCCCAGUUGAUUCCCGAAACAGGUUCCAACCUCCACUUGGCGAAAACUUUACUGCCAAUGCCUUUGUUCUCGCCUCAGUUUCGUGUUUAGUGAAAGAACUAUUAGAAGAACCUCUUCACAGCACAAUUCAUAAAAUUCAAGCAGCAAAAGACAUUAUUACUGAUGAGUACAUCAAACUAUACGCAAAAGCUCUCGAGUCCUCGAACAAGUUUUUACCUUCUAUGCGAGAAUUGACAAUUAUUACUGAUUGGUUGAAGUUCCCCUUCAAUGCACUAGAUUUUGGUUGGGGAAAACUUUCUAGUGCUGCUCUUUUAGCAACUCCUGUGCAGGAAACUGCAUUUCUGAUGAUGAAUCUUGAAGAAUCUGGAGGUUUCUUAGUUCGGAUUGGAAUUGGAGGUCAAUACGUGCAUGAUCUUAUCAGCAACUUCAAUAACUUCAACUACUGCUGA